AUGUCAACCAUACAGGAACAACCAUCCAGGAGGAAGGACGCCAAGACUAGAUCUCGAGCUUCCAAGGCUUGUGCUCGCUGUCGGAUCAAAAAGGCGAAGUGCACCGGUGGAUCACCAUGUUCGAACUGCCAGGCUUCCGAUGCUAUCUGUCACUUCAGGGAGAUCAAGUGGUCUAGAGGGAAGAUGUUUCCUGCACACCAUGUGCAUGAGUUGGAGGUACAGCAACACAAAUUAGAAGCCGCAAUACGCAUCAUGUACUUCAGAUUACUUGCUGCAAGCUCGUGGCCCGCGCCGAGACUGAUGGAGCAUGAUAAUAAACCACUCAUUCAUGAUGUACUUAGGGCGUUGGGCCUACUGGAAACAUCGGAU